AUGGAGAGAACCUUGGAGUCUUUGCAACUUGUAAUUGCACAAGUUCUUCCUCAUAGAGACCUUGCCCUGGUAUUUAAAGACUUGAAUGUCAUAACAAUAUUGCAGGAGUUCUGGGAGAGCAAAAAGAAGCAGAAAGCCAUAUUUCCAAGUGAAGGCAUCAUUGUAUAUGAGUCACUGAGCUCCCUGGACCCACCAUUUGUGAGUUACGUUACCUUGCCAGAAGGAAAUUGCUUUGGUAACUUUCAGAACUGCUUAAGCAGAGCAGAGGCAAGGCGAGAUGCUGCAAAAGCAUCUCUGAUCAGCUCUCUCUUCAAUGAAUUGCCUUGUCACAGGAUCACAAAGGAAUUCAUCAGGGAAGGUGUUCAGGAGGCUGUUUUCUCAACCAGCAUAAGUGGUAACUUAAAGGAUGCUGAUGACCCAAGCACUAGUAUUGGAUCCUAUCAUUACAUGCUAGAAUCAAACAUUGGAAAGACAAUGCUGCAAUUUCACGAGCUGAUGACUGUCUUUCAGUUUCUGCAUUGGAAGCCUUAAAGCCCUAUAUGUGAAACAAAGUGCUCCCAGCAGGAAGCAAUUUCCUACUACUCCCAGUAUUCCUUAGAUGAAAGGGUGAGAAGUCACAUGGCCCUGAGCUGGAUCAUGAAGGAGCAAGAUUCUCCAGGAAUUAUACGCCAAGAGCUGCAAGUUGCACUUAUGGAACUGGAAGAAGUCAGGAAAGCAAGGCAGGAACUGAGGUUUUACAAAGAAAAGAAAGAAAUACUGAGCUUAGCACUGAGUCAGAUCUCCAGUGAUCAAGUUACGUCUCCCUCACGGAACGAUCAAAUGAGCUUAGCUUUACAUGGCUACCACUAA